ACCUUUCCCUCCAGAAUUCAAACCGGAUCAACCUCGCUCGCUUACUCGUGUUUAGGCAUGGACGUUUCUGCUGCGCUCAGCAGCGACUACUCGUCGGGGACGCCGUCGCCGGUGGCGGCCGACGCCGACGACGGCUCCUCCGCCUACAUGACGGUGUCGUCGGCGCCGCCCAAGCGGCGAGCGGGGCGGACCAAGUUCAAGGAGACGCGGCACCCCGUGUUCAAGGGCGUGCGCCGGAGGAACCCCGGGAGGUGGGUGUGCGAGGUGCGCGAGCCGCACGGCAAGCAGCGGAUAUGGCUCGGGACGUUCGAGACAGCAGAGAUGGCGGCGCGCGCGCACGACGUCGCCGCGCUCGCGCUCCGCGGCCGCGCCGCCUGCCUCAACUUCGCCGACUCGCCGAGGCGCCUCCGCGUCCCGCCCAUCGGCGCAAGCCACGACGACAUACGGAGGGCGGCGGCUGAGGCGGCCGAGGCAUUCCGGCCGCCACCAGAUGAGAGCAAUGCGGCCACCGAGGUGGCAGCCGCCGCAUCGGGCGCCACUAAUUCGAACGCCGAACAGUUCGCCUCCCACCCGUACUACGAGGUCAUGGACGAUGGGCUGGACUUGGGGAUGCAGGGCUAUCUCGACAUGGCGCAAGGGAUGCUCAUUGACCCGCCUCCAAUGGCCGGUGAUCCUGCCGUAGGUAGCGGCGAAGACGACAACGAUGGCGAGGUCCAGCUAUGGAGCUACUGAUCCUGCGCGUUUGAACUCAACUUGGUUUGGCGCGAAGAGAUCGCAUGUACAGCUUAAGGGAGUCGAGUACAAGUACCUCAGGUGUACUCCACUCGUUGCCCCUUUCCCUUCCCUUUCGUUUUUCUUGAGCUUAUCUGCAGGGUAAUGUUAUGUAUUGCUGCUCUUCUGAUGAAAUGUGAUCGGAAGAAGCGGAAGGCCAGAUCGAGCUUAUGGGUUCUGAAGACGGUGAAGGCUUGUCGAGUGUUGUGAGCAUAUAUUCAGAAAGUCAGGCACUGUGAAAGUAUGAAUCAGAUCAGCCUUGUUACGAAUGAGAGUGAUCGACCUUGUUCAGUGUUUAUAAUUGAACCACUUGUGUGUAAUAAGCAGCAAAGCCAUGUUGCUUGCUUGAUCUGACUCUUGGGAAUGGUAUAUUUCUCAAAGAAUGCAGGAUUGACUACUCAGAAUUUGACAUUUUGCAGUGAAAUGAUAGGAUUGUUAAAUUAACAUUGGAGGAGAGGCAUGUGUAUAUAUGUUAAGAAACAUUAGUAAUGAUGAGCCUAUGAUACUUCGAUC